AUCGUCAGCUAUCGACUAAAGUGUGCAGUGUUUGCACAAAUCCAGUCAGUUUGCUGACCAAUUCGUACCUUGUUUUCCUACGUGCUGUGUAUAUAAGAACUGACGUGAUGUAAUAAAUUCAGUAUCAGAAGAUCUGGUCAACAACUGCACGUAAGUUCACACAAUGAAAACUAUCAUCUUGCUUUGUACUUUAGCCGCAGCAGCGCUUGCCGCUCCUGCAGACACCUAUAAUUCACAGUAUGACAACUUUGAUGCCACGGAGCUUGUCGGGAACACAAGACUGCUCAAGAGUUAUGGACGUUGCUUCUUAGGCCAGGGCCCUUGCACGGCGGAAGGUUCUGAUUUCAAAAAAACAAUUCCGGAGGCUCUAAGGACGACCUGCGCCAAAUGCACUCCUAAACAAAGGGAACUCGUUAGAGUUGUGGUUCGCGGAUUCCAGACCAAGUUGCCGGAAAUCUGGGAAGAGUUGGUCAAACAACAGGACCCCAAGGGAGAGUUCAAAGAGGCCUUCGAUCGCUUCCUCAAUUCAUCUGAUUAAACUAAGCAGUACCAGACCAAUGAUAGCUUAAUUGUGAUAAAAUGUGCAAACAUCACUAUAGUACCUUGUUUUUACUUAACAAUGAAAUUAUCUUUAUUUUGUCGUGAAUAAUAUAUUAAAAUGUUAUUUUU